AUGCCCGACGCCGCCCCGGUAGAGUCCGUUGCCGUGCUGCCCUCUGGCAAGCCGGCCGACGAUGCAGUCAAGCCGUCGCCCCCCCCCGCGAAGAAGAGCCCUUCCCUCGGCGCCCUGAUUGCCGCCUCGCCCGACAAGCUCGACAACUUCCUCAGCCAUCUGUUCCGAUGCAUGCAGACUCGUGCCGGCGCCGACGCCGUGCUCAUGUUUGCCUGCUACUCGACCCGUCUGGCCGGCUCGCUGCUCGAAAUUGCCAGCGCCGCCACUCUCAAGGCAUCUUCGCGCCAGCUGAUUGAGUCGCUCUUCAAGCUGCCUCCCGCGACGACAGUCGUCAUGGCUUCGACGACAACACCGACGUCCGUGGCUACCAUGAUGAGCCUGGCCGCCAAGCUCAAGGCGUACUCUGCCAUGAUUAGCGAGAUGCGCUGCAUGGGUCGUCUCUGGGGCCUCCUGGGUCUCUACUUUGCCGCCAAGAGACUGGUUGUCAAGUCGCUCAGCAAGUCCAAGGCCGACCCGGAGAAGGCCUCUACGGAGAGCGCCGCCGAGGCUACCUUUGACACCGUUGUCGCCUACACCCAAAUCAUCUCCCUCAUCAUCUUCCAGGCCGCUGAAAACGCAUCGUAUCUCACCGGCCGCAAGGUGCUGCCCUUCUCCCCUGCAACGCAGGGCAAGCUGGCGCUUCUCAGCGUGCGCUCGUGGGCGCUCUACGUCUUCAUCGAGUUUAGCCGUCUGCUGAUCGAGCGCUCGCGCAAGCAGAGCAGUGGUGUCGCUGUCAAGGACGCUGAAUGGAGCGCGCAAUGGAAGAAGACCUUUUUGCGCAAUGCCUCGUGGGCACCUCUCACCCUUCACUGGGGCUCGACAACCGGCGGUUUCCUCCCCGAUGUUCUCGUCAGCUUCUUUGGUGCCUACCCCGCCACCUCUCAGCUCAUUGACCUGUGGAAGGCCAACGCUUAA